AUAACAAAGUCUCAGAAUUGUUGGUUUUAUAAAAUCCCAUCUAGAUUUUUAAUAAUACUAACCAAUUAUGUUCAAAUUUGAUUUCCAAGUGGAAGAAGUCGAAAAGGAAAGUCCAUUUGUGGAUGUUAAAGUUCACAGCAAAGAAAAAGCUUUGUCUGUUGAUUCCUCCAUAGAUUGGUAUGAUUCUGAGGAAAUUUUGCCUACAAAAGAAAUAAUCGAGAACCUGGAUGUUUACAAAUUAAAUUCUAUUAAAAAAACUAUUGAUGACAAACAUAUAACACAUAUGGUCUCUGGUAUCUUAUUGGAAGACAUUAAGGAUAAUGACAAUAGCGAUUUGGACAUUAAAAAAGCGGAAGAUCAACAUUCUGAUUUAAUACCAGGAGUGUAUGAGGGCGGUGCUAAAAUAUGGGAAUGUACUGAUGAUUUAUUAAAAUAUUUAUCGGAAAAUUAUGCCGUUGAUAAGUGGAGUAAAUCAAAAGUUUUGGAUUUGGGUUGCGGCUCCGGUCUAUUAGGCAUUUUUGCAUUUCUUAAAGGAGCUAAAGUCACAUUUCAAGAUUAUAAUAAAGAUGUCUUGGAGAAGAUUACUAUACCAAAUGUUUUGUUAAACACUGCAACCUUGAAAGAAACUGAAGACGAAGAGGAGUUUUACGACAUUGACCGUAUAGAAGGAAAUGUGCAUUUCUACUCAGGUGAUUGGAGUAAAUGGACCCAAAUGACUAAAGAGCAAGAAUUAUUUGACAUAAUUUUAACUUCCGAAACAAUUUACAAUCCUGAGAAUCAGCAGAAAUUGCUUAAUUGUCUUUUCGAUAAACUAAAGCCCAAUGGUGUAGCUUUGGUGGCCGCAAAAAUAUAUUACUUUGGUGUUGGAGGAGGCUUAAGACAGUUUGAACAACUGAUUGAGAGGGACAAACGUUUUAAGUGCAAGACCGUUUGGUUAUCAAACGAAGGUGUAAACAGAGAAAUUAUUGAAUUAAUAAAAAUUACUUAACAAUUUAGAAA